AUGGCUGACAGCAACUGUGCUGGGGAAAAAUUAUCUCCCUUCCUUCCUUACUUACAUUCUUUCUUUCUUUCUUUCUUUCUUUCUUUCUUUCUUUCUCACUUUUAUGUGUGGAUACACGCGAACAUGUGUAUUAGGGAGUAUUCAUUUGUUAUAGUAUCUAUCUAUCUAUCUAUCUAUCUAUCUAUCUAUCUAUCUGUGUCCAUUAUCUAUCUAUAUAUCUGUCUAACUCAGUUUAUUCAUAUCUAUCCCAGUCUAUUCAUAUCUAUCUAUCUAGCUCAGUUUAUUUGUAUCUAUCCCAGUCUAUUCAUAUCUAUCUAUCUAUCUAUCUAUCUAUCUAUCUAUCUAUCUCAUUCUCAUUCAUAUUCUAUCUAUCUAUCUAUCUAUCUAUCUAUCUAUCUAUCUCAUUCUGUUCAUAUCUAUCUAUCUAUCUAUCUAUCUCAUUAUCUAUCUAUCUAUCUCAUUCUGUUCAUAUCUAUCUAUCUAUCUAUCUAUCUCAUUCUGUUCAUAUCUAUCUAUCUAUCUAUCUAUCUAUCUAUCUAUCUAUCUAUCUAUCUGUUCUUUAAGCUUUGGAGAUGCAUAUUUGCCUGUAUUCGACAAUGA